AUGAUUAGCCUGUUCAUCCUACUAGCGGUGGUAAAAAGUCAAGAAAUACCAAACCGAUCCCAUCAGCUAGCUCCGACUCAUUUUAAUUACCAUUCAAACCCAGUAAGACAGUACCUUGAAGAAAUCAGCCCGAAGCCUACCAAGAAAGGGCCAGUCUUAUUCCCCAACGAUGCCCCACCACCCCCUAAGCCUCCGUUAGUGGUAACUUCUCGUCCCCUGGCAGAGUCCAUUGCAAGGAGUGAACUGAACAAUUCAAUAGCCGAUUCCUCUUACAUAAGCCCCGUGACCUAUCGACCAAGUUUUGGAAGUUACAACAGCUUAGGAUAUACGAAUCAACAACCAGCGGAACAAUAUAACCCAGGUGUAUCGUCAGAGCAAGAUUAUAGUGAGGGUCAAAACUAUGCCUUUUCGUACAUAGUUAAGGACCAAAAAAACGGUGAUGAUUUCUCACACAAACAACAAAGCGUCGGAUCCGCUACGAACGGCGAAUACAGGGUUCGACUGCCCGAUGGAAGAUUGCAAAUCGUCUCUUAUACGGCCGAUGACAACGGCUAUAAAGCUAAUGUCAGAUAUGACGAACAGCCUGUUGAUAACCCUAUAUACCAAAGCAAUGUCAACUAUGUUGACAACGUACAUAAUGAAUUCCAAAAACCUACGUAUAGCGUAAACAAUUUAGACAACUCCAAUUACGAUUUCAGUAAAGUCAAUUAUAGAGAUGAGAUACCCGUUAAAGAAAAUCAGUAUGAUUCCAAGGAAUAUUACGAUUAUUCCGCUGAGAAUUAUAAAAAUGCUGAAUUGUAUAACCCUGUAUCAACUGUGAGUCCAUAUGUUCAAGAGAAUUAUCAAAGUACUGUGGCUCCAUAUCAACAAAUCUCUCACACGACAGCAGCCCCAUACUAUCAACAGAACUUGUACACUUCAACUGCCCCGUUUCAAUAUAAUUCACAGCUAUUCCAAGUGAAUCCUGAUCCCUCCUCGUCGACAACAGUUAGGCCAGCGUAUGAGGAAAUAAAACACUUAUUUACAACCCCAAAUUACAAAAAUAUAGAAAUAAACAGCCCAUCAUCAUAUUCUGCAGACGAUUUUGUUUUGAUUGGUAACAAAAACUCUUAUAACUAUGAUUUGGGACUGAAUCAAGGUUUGGUGUCUUCUACUCCAGCAUCAUAUGUUGCAUCGUCCUUGAGUAAUUUAAAUGACAGGAUCAAUUCAAAACCUGUAUUAUCUAACAGUUAUAUUGAUAGAAUAAAUAAAUAUUUAAGCUUCAAAUAG